UGAAUGUUUUCCCAAGAAACUUUAUGUUUUGGAUCUGUAUUAUUGAAUUUGUAUAAUAUUGGAAACUUCUUCAGACUCUUUUUUGUCGUGUCCAUUUGAGACAUUUAACCCAAAAGAGCUGUACCAUGGACUGCAAAGAAAGCUGCCCAAGUGUUAGCAUCCCAAGCUCUGAUGAACACAGGGAGAAAAAAAAGAGGUUCACUGUUUAUAAAGUAUUAGUUUCAGUUGGAAGGAAUGAAUGGUUUGUCUUCAGGAGAUAUGCUGAAUUUGAUAAGCUUUAUAACACACUAAAGAAACAAUUUCCAACUAUGACAAUGAAGAUUCCUGCCAAAAGAAUAUUUGGUGAUAAUUUUGAUCCAGAUUUUAUUAAACAGAGAAGAACAGGACUGAAUGAAUUCAUUCAGAAUUUAGUUAGACAUCCAGAGCUAUGCAACCAUCCAGAUGUCAGAGCAUUUCUUCAAAUGGACAGUCCACGACAUCAGUCAGAUCCUUCUGAAGAUGAGGAUGAAAGAAGUAUUCAGAAGCUACACUCUACCUCACAGAACAUCAAUCUGGGACCAUCUGGAAAUCCUCAUGCCAAACCAACAGAUUUUGAUUUCCUAAAAGUUAUUGGAAAAGGCAGCUUUGGCAAGGUUCUUCUUGCAAAAAGGAAACUAGAUGGAAAAUUUUAUGCUGUCAAAGUGUUGCAGAAAAAAAUUGUUUUGAAGAGAAAAGAGCAAAAACACAUCAUGGCCGAGCGAAAUGUGCUCUUAAAAAAUGUGAAGCAUCCAUUUUUGGUUGGAUUACAUUAUUCAUUCCAGACAACUGAAAAGCUUUAUUUUGUUCUAGAUUUUGUUAAUGGAGGGGAGCUUUUCUUCCACUUACAAAGAGAACGAUCAUUUCCAGAACACAGAGCCAGAUUUUAUGCUGCAGAAAUUGCCAGUGCUUUGGGCUAUUUGCAUUCCAUAAAAAUAGUAUACAGGGACUUGAAGCCAGAAAACAUUCUUCUCGACUCAACAGGACAUGUUGUUUUAACAGACUUUGGGUUGUGUAAAGAAGGGAUUGCUAUAUCUGACACAACUACAACAUUUUGUGGGACACCAGAGUACCUUGCACCAGAAGUGAUCAGAAAACAACCCUAUGACAAUACUGUAGAUUGGUGGUGCCUUGGUGCUGUUCUGUAUGAAAUGCUUUAUGGGUUGCCUCCAUUUUAUUGCCGAGAUGUUGCCGAAAUGUAUGAAAACAUACUUCAUAAACCUCUAAAUUUGAGGCCAGGAGUAAGCCUCACAGCCUGGUCCAUUCUGGAAGAACUUCUUGAAAAAGACAGACAAAAUCGACUUGGUGCCAAAGAAGACUUUCUUGAAAUUCAAAAUCAUCCUUUCUUUGAAUCACUCAACUGGACUGACCUUGUACAAAAAAAGAUUCCACCACCUUUUAAUCCUAAUGUGGUUGGACCAGAUGAUAUCAGGAACUUUGAUACAGCCUUUACAGAAGAAAUGGUUCCAUAUUCUGUUUGUAUAUCUUCUGACUAUUCUAUAGUGAAUGCCAGUGUUUUGGAGGCAGAUGAUGCAUUUGUUGGUUUCUCUUAUGCACCUCCUUCUGAAGAUUUGUUUUUGUAAGAAAGACUAUAUUCAGAAAACACCAAGGAAAUACAAACCUAAGGAUCAACGUGAAAUUUUUCUCUGAUGUGGGAAAAUAUUCCAAAAUGUGUCUUAACUAGUGCCUCAUUUUUAUAUGUAAAGUUAGAAUCUUUAAACACUUUUCUGCUGUACAUGAGAAAAAAAUAGGACAUUUCAAAAAAUAGAAAGUAAACUUUGUUACUCCUGCUUAUUAAGAUUAUUUUUAAAGAAAUACUUCACAAGUUAUUCUUUACAUUGACCUGUUUUUAAGCAAAAAAAAAAAAAAAAAGUUUGCUGUUGACUGUUGUUUUUCCUUAUAGGGUUACAUUAGUAUUUACCCAGGAUUAGCUGUUUGCAACAACUACAGCAGUUCAGUAUAUUGCUUUUCAAUUCAAUCUAUCAUCCCUAUAGUGAUUUUUCCUUACUAUGCAAUUAUCUUUUGUAUUUGUUGUUGGAAAAGAAAUAACAUGUUGCCAUAUUAAAUCACUGUUUGAAAUCUGAAAUUCUUGACAGUAUUCAAAUGAAAGUGCAUCGUUAACAAAAAUAUGUUAGUUUAUAAUUUUGAUAACCUUUCAUUCUGCAGAUCUUUAAAGAUUAAAAAAAACCCACAGAAAAUACCUUCUAUUUAAAACAUUGGAGUUCAAAUUGGCAUGAUUUUUUUUCCAUGCAAGAAACAGAAAAUAAGUUGUUUGCGUUUCUUUAGCAUUCCAAAGAUUUAAAAGAUAGUCAAGUAUUAUGGAUUUUGUGCACGUGUUACUGAAACAUUUGUUUUUCUAUGCACUGUAUCAUACAUUUAAAAUGUGUAUGUUCUCUGUUUUCAGAUUGUUAGUUUUUUGUUGUCUGCAUCUUUAGUAUAUUAUGCAUUCAUUCUGAAUUUGCUUUGCAAAUAUGUAAAUAAUUUUUUUCAAAUCUGUUGUCUUUAUUAGGAGUCACAUACAAGUACUUAAAGUUUGCCACAGUUCUCAUAUAAUUAGAAAUUUCAAAAAUUGUCCUCAGUAUGCAAGUUUUCUCUAUAGAUUGCUAGAUCAAUUUAGAGUAAAGUAAUCAUAUAUAAUUUAACAAUUGUGAAAAACACAUUCUAAUUUGGACUUCAUUUAUUUAGAAAAGUAAAGGUAUCUAAUCUUUAUCCCAUGACAUGCUGACUUCUGAUCACUUAUAAUUCCUGCACAAGCUGACUACAAAUCCAGAAGAGCUAGAAAAUAUAGUUUAAAAGUUUUAAAUACUAAUUAUCAAUUGGGGAGAAUUUUUUAAAAAAUGAUACAAGUAGUUUUUCAAAGUAUAUGGGAAAUAUGAUUUAUAAAAGGGCUAACUUCAAAUUCUUUGAGUGAACAUUUUCCCCCAGUUUUUUCUUUGAAACAGUAAUCACAAAAAUACAAAUACUUAAACAUUUGUUUAAAAAAAAAAAAAGGUUCCUCUGCAGAAUGAAAAGGAGGAAAAAAGUUUCACUCAAAGUAAUGACCUAAGUACACUUUAAAAUUGUUUUCAAACACUGUAUCUUCCUAUAGAAGUAAAAAUUUAGUAACUACACUGUCUGUAAAUAUUUGUUAUGUCUGGCACUACUGUAAAUUCUGCUUUUACACAGAAGCCUUUUGUUUAUUGUAGAUCAAAAUGAAAACUGCAGCAUCUUGCAGAAUUUGUUUUGAUUUGGCCACUCUUUAAAAACUUAACUGCCCAAAGUUAAAGUGCAAUAUUGUGUAUUUUUAAGAGAAAGUGGUAAAAGGUAGAAUGCUAAUAUUUCUGAGAUGACAAGUAAUGCAAUUAGUAUGUAAUAUAAAAUAAAGUUAUUGUUAACCUUGUGGGUUCUUAUUAUCUCAAACUAAAAUUAAAUAUAAAUGUUAUUUCUUU